GUUGUUUCAAGAAUCGCAAGAUGGGUAGAGGAAAAAUUGAAAUCAAGAGGAUCGAGAACACAACAAACCGCCAAGUCACCUUCUGCAAGCGGAGAAAUGGACUCUUGAAGAAAGCUUAUGAAUUAUCAGUCCUCUGUGAUGUAGAAGUUGCACUUAUCGUCUUCUCCAGCCGAGGACGCCUUUAUGAGUACUCAAACAACAACAUAAAAACUACUAUAGAGAGGUACAAGAAGGCAUGCUCGGACGGUUCAGGUACAAGCUCUAUGGCUGAAAUAAAUGCUGAGUAUUAUCAACAAGAAUCAGCGAAGCUGCGGCAACAAAUACAAAUUCUGCAGAAUUCUAACAGGCACUUAAUGGGUGAUGCCUUGACUUCUCUGAGUAUCAAGGAUCUAAAGCAGCUGGAGAACAGGCUUGAACGAGGCAUCGCCAGAAUUAGGUCAAAGAAGCAUGAAAUGUUGCUGACUGAUAUUGAGUGCUUGCAGAAAAGGGAGGUAGAAUUGGAAGAAGAAAAUGUUUGUCUGCGAGCAAAGAUAGCAGAAAUUGAAAGGCUCCAGGAAACAAACUUGAAUAUUUCUGGACCAGAGCUGAAUGCAAUCCACGCAUUAUCACGAAAUUUCUUCAGUCCAAUCAUGGUCGCGGGGGACACACCCUACUCCUCACAGCCUGACCAGAAGAUACUUCGUCUUGGGUAA